GCAAGAGGAGGAGUGGAGGAGCGAGGAGGAGUCCCUGCCAUGUUUGGGAUGGAGAGAUGGGUCGGGAGGAGUAGGGUUAUUAAACUGGUCCGCAGCUCCUCCGAUGCUCACUUCUGUCCUCCCCCCACCUCCCAGCAGGCCCUGCACCUCCACGUGUGACUCGUAGUGUCGUUGCCCGCACACAGCGCCCCCUGCAGUCAUGUGUGAUGAUGAGGAGAGCACCGCUCUGGUCUGCGAUAACGGCUCCGGCCUCUGUAAGGCCGGAUUCGCCGGAGACGACGCCCCCCGCGCCGUCUUUCCGUCCAUUGUGGGCCGACCCCGACACCAGGGAGUGAUGGUGGGCAUGGGGCAGAAGGACAGCUACGUGGGUGAUGAGGCCCAGAGCAAAAGAGGAAUCCUCACCCUCAAAUACCCCAUUGAGCACGGUAUCAUCACCAACUGGGACGACAUGGAGAAGAUCUGGCAUCACUCCUUCUACAACGAGCUACGGGUGGCUCCAGAGGAACAUCCCACCCUGCUGACCGAGGCACCGCUCAACCCCAAGGCCAACCGCGAGAAGAUGACACAGAUCAUGUUCGAGACCUUCAACGUUCCUGCCAUGUACGUGGCCAUCCAGGCCGUCCUGUCACUGUAUGCCUCGGGCCGCACCACAGGUAUCGUCCUGGACUCUGGUGAUGGAGUCACCCACAACGUGCCAAUCUAUGAGGGUUACGCUCUUCCUCACGCCAUCAUGAGGUUGGACCUCGCAGGUCGUGACCUCACCGACUACCUCAUGAAGAUCCUGACCGAGCGAGGCUACAGCUUCGUCACCACAGCUGAGAGGGAAAUUGUGCGGGACAUCAAGGAGAAGCUUUGCUACGUGGCGCUGGACUUUGAGAACGAAAUGGGAACGGCGGCCACCUCUUCGUCUCUGGAGAAGAGCUACGAGCUUCCGGACGGUCAGGUCAUCACCAUCGGUAACGAGAGGUUCCGCUGCCCUGAGACACUGUUCCAGCCUUCCUUCAUCGGGAUGGAGUCCGCCGGGAUCCAUGAGACCACCUACAACAGCAUCAUGAAGUGUGACAUCGACAUCCGCAAAGACCUGUACGCCAACAACGUGCUCUCUGGAGGAACGACCAUGUACCCUGGCAUCGCUGACCGCAUGCAGAAGGAGAUCACCGCUCUGGCCCCCAGCACCAUGAAGAUCAAGAUCAUCGCCCCUCCAGAGAGAAAGUACUCGGUGUGGAUCGGCGGCUCCAUCCUGGCUUCGCUCUCCACCUUCCAGCAGAUGUGGAUCAGUAAGCAGGAGUACGACGAGGCCGGACCCUCCAUCGUCCAUCGCAAGUGCUUCUAGACGCCCCCCGUGCCCUCAAGUGUCAGCACCCUCUGUAUCUUAACCCUCACCGAGCACCAGCUAACCCGCAUCAGGUCACCAGAAGCCCCGCCCACAGGAAGUCCAGGCGUGAAAACGGGACGUGGCGUUUCGUUGCUUUUGGUGAACUGAACCUUGAAACUUUCCAGAAGACCCAACAGGAAACAUUCAGCCCAAACCGCCUCCUCCUCCUCCUCCUCCUCCGGUCACGUGUAAGCCUCACCCACCCCCCACCUCCCCCCUCACUCCAUCUGUGACCCCGCCUCCCCCUCUGCCCCCGCCCUCCGCCUUCCAGGUUGGUAUGUUUCUGUCAGAAAGUGUGUUUCUAUUUUUGAUGAGUAGCGCCUGAAAGCCGUCCAGCGCUCCCGCCACGCCGCGUACGGCGACGUGAGGCGGCAUGGCCGCGCUGUCCAUGUGAUCUGCUGGAGAUGACGUGUGAGGUGAUGGUUGGACAACGACAAUAAAAAGCUCUGAAGCCAGAA